AUGUCAGAUGAAUGGAUCGAAAAAGGUCUCGUUGCUGAAGCUGCUCGUCAGAGACAACUUGAGACGGUCAACUUUCGACUUAAGAAGCUCGACUUCGACGGCGUCGAACCUGAGCUUGGCAUGCACUUGUUAUCAUUACACUGGAACCGGCAACACCAUUCUUUCCUUACUACCUAUCGCCCAGCCUUCAUGCGUGACAUGGCAUGUGGCGGUCCGUACUUCUCCAAACUUCUCUUGAAUGCCAUCUACUUCGGCGCCAGCAAGUUCAGUCCACGGCAUGAAGUUCGCCGUGCAGCAGAUGAUGUCCGCACUGCUGGGUGGCAAUUUCGUGAAAGAGUGAGGGAGCUCCUAGGAGGUGCUUUGGACAAGAGUGAAAUCACAACAAUUCAAGCGUUGCUAGUUAUGACCAACUCGUUGUUUGCUCUUGGCGAUGAGCGCAGUGCUGCGUGGUUGUACGCUGGGCUGGCAUUUCGCAUGAUUGUUGACCUCGGUCUUCACGUUGAUAAGCCUGAAUUUGCAGGAUAUCGCAAGCUUUCUGAUGAGGACCAUGAAAUUCGGCGUCGUGUUUUCUGGGCAGCAUUUGUCGUCGACAAGAUCCAAAGCCUCUAUCAAGGUCGCCCAGUAAGCAUGACAGACACACUCGUACCCACCAAAUUCCUCGACACCUACGAAGAACUUGAGCAUUGGACACCCUUUUCCUAUUCCACGCAACCAGACGCCGUCUAUCUAGGUUCGCCGGCUUAUAGUAUCUCCACGUUUCGACACCUUUGCCAGCUCUCGGUUAUUCUGAGCGACAUACUCAGCACCAUCUAUACCGAAAGAAGCUUCGACCUCCUGAGAGCAUACGACAAAACUUUCAGUGUGCGGAGAGCUCCUUACCUGAUUUCCUAUGCGACUUAUGUUGCUGCCACUGUGCAUGCCCGUAUUGCAGCCAAGCGUGGUGCCGGCUCACAAGCUCACAAGAGCCUAGAGACUUGCUUAGCCGUUUUCCGCGACAACCAAGAGACUAAUUGGGCUGUACGACGCGCCAAUGCCAUUAUUCAGAGCCUGAUGAAGAGAUUGGGUGUUGUUGCACCCGAGCUGAAUGAUAUACAUAUCGGCAGUGGUGAAGACAACCACAGCAGCGCACCAGACGUUUCUUUGGGCAGUGCAAUGGAUCGCGAACCAAGCCUACAAAGCUUCGAUAUCGAUGGCAUUAUCCAGAGUUUUGUCCGAGAUCAGGACUCUACGCAUCCAGCGCAGCCAGGUUCAAUGGACCCUACUGCCGAAUUGGCUGUACCUGGAGUGCCGCCGUCGGCAUACAGUACUACGGAGACGGCAAACCUGCCCUUUGGAAAUUCUGGAGAUUGGACUUAUCAGGGCCAACAGCAAACCUUCAGUGAGCAACCGUUUUCAGUAGAUGACCUACUUUAUGGAUUCAACGGGUCAGAGCUUGAUCAAUUCACAAUGCUGGACUGGGACAUGUAA